CUGCGCUGUUGACGCGGGACACGAGGAUGAAAUGAAUUUUCUCUUUAUUUGGUGCUAAAUUCUUCCUUAAUUUGGCCAAUUAGUCAAAAUGACGGAAUCGUUAGCAACACAAACACUCCAGGACCGCCUGGACCGUCUCCAGGAGUUGACUGAAUUUACGGAGAAUUGCCAGAAGAAAUUGAACGAUAUUUUCCAAACGUUAGGAUGGUCGCAGGACUACAAGGGCUCCUCGCAGGAAGAGAUGGAGCAGUGCCCUUAUGACCCCAAUCACUGGGUCCCCACCAGGACCAUGGAGAAACAUAAAGCCUCCUGCCAGCUCAGAAAACUGGGGUACUCGCACGAGGAACAGGCAGAGAUGUAUGACCCUACAGUGUGCUAUGAGAAUACCAGUGUCAGGAGCGUCACAAUGGAUAAAGCCACCCAGCACCAGAUGAUUCUCCAGGCUAGAGCCGCUGCUCCACUAAUGAGAAUGGAGGGAGUUUUCUGGCAAGGUCAGUACUCCAGCCAACCACCUGAAGUUCCUCAAAACCACAAGCGAGCAGUCUGUGACCUCACCGUGGCCGACCGAUUGGCUCUGUACAAUCAUGUGACCAAGGUGAUCAGCCAGCAGCAGGAAGAAGUAGCUUCGACUAGUAAUGAGGAUCUUUUUGUAGAUCUGGUGGCCAAACUGAAAAAGGAAGAGGGGCAGAAUGAGCCUAAGUCUCACCUGGAGCUGAUGGCAGAGAUGAGAGACUAUAAGAGGCGGCGCCAGUCCUACAGAGCCAAAAACGUCCAUAUCACCAAGAAGUCCUACACUGAGGUGAUUCGGGAGGUGAUUGAAGUCCAUUCUGAGGAGCUGGCCAAACAGUGGAAAGAGGAGGAGAGAGAAGAGAAGAGAGCUGUACUGCACUCCCACAGCCAGAGGCAAGAUGACCGGCACUCAGCCUUGACCGAGUCCCAUGGCUCCGACCACCUUGACAGACAUGGUUCUCACAACAGAUCCCACCGAAGUCGCGAGCGCAGCCAGGACAGGAAGAGCAGAAAAAAGAAAAAGAAGAAGAAAAGGGAUUCCCGUUCCCCAGAUGACCAUCAUCACGAGUGAAAGAAAAAGAAGAAGAGAGAUGAGGAGAAGUGAAACUCCCAGAUCAGUAUCUUGGACGAUAGAUUAAGAUGAAGUCAGACGUUGUCAUGAUACCUCACAACAUUACAGGCCCUCUAGGAUUUCGCAAUGUCGUGAUCACAACAAUUAACGCAAAGUCAUAGCAGUCCCCCGCGCAAACCAUUGAGCAAUACGUCCAGUCAUCCAAACUCACUUCCUUGUUUCGGGUUAUGAAGAUGCAGACGUGCACAGCAAACGUCUCACAUUUACCAACUAAAAUUACAGUCAAAGACCAUGCAAUGCAAUUCCCCGAUGUUCUGCACGAAAGCGGGGGUAAACUGUUUUGUACCACGUGCAAACAUUCACACCUGGAGAAUGGCUGAAAUGCAUGGACAACAGACAAGACAAAUCACCAUGACAGAGGCUGUUGCAUCCACAUCUAUUGCAAGCGUGGAAAGAAUCAAGCUGAGUUAGAUUCAGUAUGCAUGGUUAGUGGUAACGCGUGCUUGCCUGUUUGCAUGACAAACUGUGUGUGUGUGUGUGUGUGUGU